GGCGGGAGGGCGGGGCGCGGGCUGGGCGUGUGCCGCGGCCGCCGGCGGGGCGCGCUCCCGCUCCGCUCCCGCUCUCCCCGCACGCACAUUGUCCGGGCGCGGCGGCGGCACAGCGCCCCGGCGCCCCGUGCCAAUGCGGGGCGGGCGCGGCACGCCGGGGGCGCCUCCACCACCGCGGUGGAAACUUCCCCUCGCCGCCGGGCCGACGCGCGGCUGAAGCCCCCGGCGGGGAGGAGCGGAGCGGGGUUUCGCCCGCCUGGGGGGGCGCCUCGCCUAGUUUGGUUUUUCCUACGUUGGAAGGGCAAAAGCGAAUAAUACUCUUGCCCGGGUUUAAACUUCCGCGCUCCGCUCUCCAGGACCCGCAUCCCGCCCGGCGGGGUGGACGAGCCGGGGGACUUGAACCAUUCCCAGACGAGAGGACCCUAUUUCUCUGUGGGAGCUCAUUAGCCAUCCAGAGGCUCUUUCCUGGCUGCCAGAACAGAGGCACAUUGGACUCUGAGGGGAAGCAGUGUCACUUUCAGGUGGUGGUGCUCCUGGAGGUCCUGAGCUGGGGUCAGCUGGAAGAUGACCGAGUACAAGCUGGUGGUGGUGGGAGCAGGUGGUGUUGGGAAGAGUGCUUUGACAAUACAGCUCAUUCAGAACCAUUUUGUUGAUGAGUAUGACCCCACAAUAGAGGAUUCCUACAGAAAGCAAGUAGUCAUCGAUGGAGAGACCUGUUUGUUAGACAUCUUGGACACUGCAGGGCAGGAGGAGUACAGUGCCAUGAGAGACCAGUACAUGAGAACGGGGGAAGGAUUCCUGUGUGUCUUUGCCAUCAACAACACCAAGUCCUUUGAAGAUAUUCACCAGUACAGGGAGCAGAUCAAGAGGGUGAAAGACUCAGAUGAUGUUCCCAUGGUGCUGGUGGGGAAUAAAUGUGACCUCCCUGCACGGACAGUGGAGACCCGGCAAGCGCAGGACCUGGCCCGGAGCUACGGGAUCCCCUACAUAGAAACAUCUGCCAAAACCAGACAGGGCGUUGAGGAUGCCUUCUACACCUUGGUGCGGGAGAUCCGGCAGCAUAAGCUGCGCAAGCUGAAUCCCCCAGAUGAGAGCGGCCCUGGCUGCAUGAACUGUAAAUGUGUGGUAUCGUGACUAUGCUGUCUGGACCGUGUCUUGGCAAGGUUCCCACCGUGCAGUGCUCAAGGAAAAAGGUGAAGCAAAGGAAGAAGCAAAUGGAUUCAGAGGAGUAUGGGGGGGAGAGGAGGAGGAAGAGGAAGAGGACAGGGGGAGCAUGACUCCAAGGACUAUCUCGCACUUCACCCAAGCCUGCGGCAAACAACUUCUUUUUUUUUUUAUCCCCAUCCCCUCAUCCUUUGGCUCCUCUCACCCCGGCAACUGUACAAAGCCACAGAUUGAAUCACAGUAAAUUAUUAUUUGAUCGUCUCAACAAA